AUGGGAGGUUACAAGUAUCAGUCGGAGAUAUGGAGGAAGAAGCAAUCCGAUUUGAUGAGGUUCGUCCAGAGGGUGCGCUGUUGGGAAUAUCGCCAGCAUCCUUCAAUUGUCCGAGUCACAAGACCCACCCGCCCUGACAAGGCUCGUCGUUUGGGUUACAAGGCCAAGCAGGUCUAUUAUUUUCAUGCCCUUGCUUAUCGUUUCAGUGAGCAUGCGUUUUCUUAUGUUGUGCACCAGCGUGGCGGUCGCAAGAGGCCUGUUGCCAAGGGCAUUGUAUAUGGGAAGCCCACAAACCAAGGUGUGACACAGCUUAAGUUUCAGCGCAGCAAGAGGUCUGUUGCUGAGGAGCGCGCUGGGCGGAGAUUGGGAGGCCUUAGGGUUCUCAAUUCAUACUGGAUCAAUGAGGAUUCGACCUACAAGUACUUUGAGGUGAUACUGGUUGAUGUUGCUCAUAAUGCUAUCAGAAACGACCCAAGAAUCAACUGGCUCUGCAACCCUGUUCACAAGCACAGGGAGCUUCGCGGGCUCACUUCUGCUGGUAAGAAAUGCAGGGGACUGGGAGGAAAGGGACACUUGUACCACAAGGCACGACCUUCUCGCAGGGCAACUUGGAAGAGAAACAACACCCUCUCCCUUCCUCGCUACCGUUGA